CUCUCCACAUGACAGCUCAGCCACUACUGACCGAGAAUGCGAACCAGUGGCGCUGAUGGAUUGCCUUCAGCCCUACGAACAUGCCGGGACCCCACAUCGGCAUGAGUUCCAUGUCCUACCCCACAUCCGUUAUAUACGCUUCCAUCCGGCUGUGAUAGCAACAAGGAACUGAUCUGCUUUUUGCGCUUUUUGCACUGUGAAUACAUUCAAUAAACCAAACUUCAAGCUCUAUGCGAUAUGGCUUUUGACGAGUUCAACGACAAAGUCACACCUACAAACCCUAGCCGGGAAACUUCACCAAACCGCGGUUCUUCCGUCCACCAAUCAGUUGCCAUACCCAAGCCUUGCAAACCACUCCGACAAUGGCAGCAAGAACAAAACAUCGACCGCGAAGCGCAGAUAAAACUCACCAAACUUGUGCAUAUGCGUUACCAACAUCCCAAUCUUGAUGAAAUAACCACUUUCCUGCGUGAUUUUGGUAUGAGUGUAGCCCACAAAACACAAGGCAAGAAAUGGUUCAAAGGAUACGGCGAAGACCAAUACGUAUACUACGUUGAACAGGGAGAGAAGAGGUUCUUAGGCGGAUGUUUUGAAGUGGAAAGCUACGCAGAGCUAGAAAAGGCUUCCAGAGUCCCAGGGGCAGGAUCCAUUGAGGAAUUGAUUGAUGCGCCAGGAGGUGGCCACAUGAUCACAUUACAUGACCCAGAAGGCUUUCCCAUCAACCUCAUUCACGGCCAAACUAAAAAACAACCCGGUCCCUUUCCGGAAGUCCUGACGACGAAUUACGAAAAUGAGAAGCCACGAGUCGCACGGUUCCAGCGCUUUAAACCGGGGCCGGCCGCAGUGCACAAACUAGGCCACUAUGGUCUUUGUGUACAAAACUUCCAAGCGGAAAUGCAAUGGUAUACGCGCACUUUCAACAUUGUACCUACAGAUUUCCUAUAUAUCAAUACCCCCGAAGGCCAACAGAAAGACGUAGCAAUCUUCGCCCACAUCGACAUCGGUCCUUCCUACACAGACCACCACACAAUCUUUCUCAGCACAAAUCCUGCAUCUCACGUUCAUCACUGCAGCUUCGAAGUCCACGACUUUGAUACGCAGAAUUUGGGGCACGAGUGGUUGGCGCAAAAAGGGUACACGAGCGUGUGGGGUGUGGGACGACAUAUACUGGGUAGUCAAUUGUUUGACUAUUGGUGGGAUACGACAGGGAAUAUGAUUGAGCAUUACGCCGAUGGUGAUUUGGUAAAUGAAGAGACGCCAGUAGGAUGGGGUGAAGCGGGAGACGAAUCGCUAGCCGUGUGGGGGCCUGAGGUCCCGAAGUGGUUCUUGGAUUGAUGGAAGAUGGAGAGUAGUAAACGUGGAAGUGGUCUGCUUAUUUUGAUGCU